AUGUACAGGAAAAAGAGAGAUAACAACCAAUGGUGGGAACUGUUUGAUCCCAAGACUUCCCGCUUCUAUUACUACAAUGAAAUGCUACAGAAAACGGUCUGGCACAGGCCAACCAACUGUGACAUCAUACCACUCGCUAAACUACAGACUCUGAAGUUAAAUACAGAAGCCAGACAGGAUGAUGGAGACGUUCAUAAACACAAACAACAACAUUCACAACGUCAUCGCCAUCGACAUCGUGAGGACAAUCGCCACGCCCGCCACCACCAUCACCACCAUCAUCAGCAAGGUCAACGGGGUCAUCUCCAUGACAACGAGAGGAUGGACGGUGAUGGACAAGCUGAAAUGGUCGGACAACCCGUAAGACAACGCAGGGCUUCCGACCAAGUAGAAAGAUCCAGAUUCAACGAACUUGCCACUGCCCACAGCAUGGGCUACCACCAUCAAGGGGUCAUGCAUGGGUCACCGAGAGGUCAAAGGUCACAACGCUACGUUCAGGAGAUGCCUGGGAUGCCCCAGCAGCAACAGCCACAGUACCCCUUGCCACAGGUACCUUACGCACAUCAAGUUCAAGGUAGAAUGAGAUCUGACAGCGAACCGAUGGACAUUUCCAAAGUUCGCGGGGACAUGCAGGGACAACCGGCCAAUUUCGGUCGCUACCCGACCCAUGGCCGAGAGCGAUAUGAACUUGGGUCCGUUGGUAGGUCAACAGGUCAUGCCAUUCAAGAGGUCAUGCAACGAGAAGGUUCUGGAGGAAACUUGUCUCAGGGUUCUGAUCAUUCACAGGAACGCCAUCGCCCGGACAGUCGGGCGUCGCAGUCGUCGCAUCAAUCCACGGAAGGGUAUGGACCUCAGCGGAGACGGUCAAUGGAGAUGCAGUGCGGGGGACAGCAUGCCCAUGAGCGGUCAGAUAGUCAGGUUUCCAAUGUGAGCCAGGGCGAGGAGAGACAUAGGACAGCGCCCUCACCCCGUAGCAAAAAGAAGAAACAGAUGCCGAAGAUGGGUGUGACGGCGGCCAUGCAAAGAACUUUCGGUGGGCCUCAGAGUCCAAAUGCGAACCUCCCCCAUUCACAAUCAGGAGAGCGGUUGCAGCAUUUUUUUGGACAGCAGCCGCGCAACCAGCUUCCUCCCCAGAUCCAGACCCAACCUCCUAACAUGCAGGGUUUCGUAGGACACGGCUACCAAAGAAGCGACCAGGAGAGUCCUCGAUUAGCCAGUCCGAUGGAUUCCUCUUUCUCGCCGCCAGGUUCCAAUUUCAAUCGAACAGCCACUCCCGAUUCCUCCUCGAGUUUAGACUCGUCCUCCCAAUACCCUAGCACCAAAGAGCGCCAUCUAGUGCCGGGCUACGGUGCAGGAUUCCCCGACCAGAGAGGGGAGCAUAUUGUACAUAAACAUUCAGAUAGCCAACUUUCACAAAACUCCCAGACCUCCAUAUCGUCCCAUCAUUCGGACUCGUCCAACCGCCCGGUAACGUCCGAUUCGCAACGUUCCCAGUCAUCGGAGGACCUCAAUGGACCCACCUAUGUCCACGUUGGUCCCCCUUCCCAAGAGGACCAAAUCCUAUCCCAUAGACACUCGCCAGCCAUGCAAGCGCCGAACAAUAACCUCCCGCCACAGCUUUCGACGGACACCGACGAAAUCAUGCCGGCGGACCCUAUCUACGCAAACCUGGAAUUCAUCGCGCAGCGCGAGAAGGAGGACGAGCAACGGAUGGUCUUGCGGGAGAUGGACCGGUUAAGUGGAACCCAGGAUAUCGAGAUCAAGUUCCAUCGUAAUGUGCACCCGGGAUCUCAAAUGGGACGGAUUAACGGGGAACAUGAGAACAGGAGUUAUAGUCUUGAAGCUUUGGACCAGCAUGAACAACUCGCCAAGGCUGGUAUCAGACUCAAUAAGAGUUUCGACUCUGAAGAGAGUUCAUCCCGAGAUGCCUCGGGCACCCACGAGAGCAGCCCAAUGAACACACCGGGGUCUCCACCCUCCCCUACGUCCCACGAAACCCACUCGAUGGACAGCCCCCUCACCGAGACGGUCCACGCCUCCCUCCAACGGGGGCACCAUCGCGGGAGCACGACAUCGUCGACCAGCGGCGCCAACAUCAUCCAGAACAGCGCCUUCGAACGCAGCAUCUCCGUUCAGGACCAACGGCCCAUCUCCAUGGUAAUAUGCGAAGCCACGCCCCCAGUGGUUUCCGAUGAGUGGAAGCAAAAGACAGGAACGGUUCCACAUGGUCUAAAGAACAGCCCGUCUCUGAUCGCCAUCACCCGCGCAGGGAACAAGAAAGGGAUACAGGGAGAGAACGAUUUGGAGAACGUUGCUCCGGAGAACCUGAACAGACACAAGAAAGGGCUGUUUAGGAAGAAGAUCUCACUCUCACACAUGCUCUCUUGGACAAAGGAGCCAAUCAGGAAGUCGAUGCUGAUGACGGAAGAUAAGGCCGUCAAGCGGGAAGCACCGGAAGUCUUCAAACUGACCCAAUGUUACAUGGGUGACCGGGUCAUCAAGGGUCAUACCAGGGACACGGCCUUGCUUGACCUGGUCGUCAAGGGAUGGUCAAUCGUUGCACUGAGAGAUGAGGUCUACAUUCAGCUUUGCAGGCAAACAUCGGACAACUACCAAGAGGACAGCUUACGUUCAGGCUGGGAGCUGAUGGCUAUUCUACUCUUCUUCUUUCCUCCCUCCGUGUCGUUUUAUCCCUACUUAGAGAGUUUCAUUGUCAAACAUUUAUCAGGAGACUUUGAUACUAGAAAGGUGACAGUGAAAGACUAUGCUGAGCAGUGUAUGAAACGAUUGGACAGGGUCGCUCAGUUUGGGGCUAGGAAGGGCAACAAGAAAAUCACUUCAGAUGAAAUCGCAAUAGCAAAGAAUUCCAUCUUCUUUCCUUCUUUGUUUGGGAAUACGCUGGAAGAGGCGAUGGAGCUUCAGAAAGAUCGUUUCCCGGAGUACUCCCUGCCCUGGGUUGUGGUUGUACUGUCUGAGGAGGUUCUGAGGUUGAAAGGGCAGCGGUGUGAAGGCAUCUUUAGGGUACCCGGUGACAUCGACGAGGUCAACAGCUUGAAGCUCAAAUGUGACCAAUGGGUACACCCAGAGUGCUCUGACCCCCACGUCCCUGCCUCCCUCCUCAAACAAUGGUAUCGGGACCUCUACAUGCCUCUCAUCCCUAACGAGUUCUACGACAGGUGCAUCCUCACGUGCAACGAUAAGAACGGCGCCCUCGAGGUCGUCGACGAUCUGCCGUAUCUGAACCGCCAUGUCCUGACUCAUUUUAUCCGGUUCCUACAGAUCUUUGCACUCGAUGAGCACGUAGCCAUGACUAAGAUGGACGUCAACAACCUCGCGAUGGUGAUGGCGCCAAACUGCCUCCGAUGUAUCUCGGACCAACCGGAAAUCAUCUUUGAGAACACUCGCAAAGAAAUGUCCUUUGUUCGCCUCCUGAUCCAGUAUUUAGAUACGUCUUACAUGGAGGGCAUCCGGUAAUGGCAGCGGAGAUCUUGAUCAGAGGAUCAAAUAGCUUAGGGUUCUGCUUGAUUUAGAAGGUGUCUGGAGGCUACCUAUGCGGUUAUAAAAUGCAAAGAAAUGUCCUUUUAUCAUAUCCUAAUCCAGUAUUUAAGUACUUCUUACAUGGAAGGCAUCUGGUAAUGACAGCGGAGAUCUUGUUCAGAGGGCUCCAUUAGCUAAGAGUGCUGCUGCCUCUAGAAGGGUGUUUAGAGCCGGCUUAAGAAGUGGUUAUAGAAUACCAAAAAAUGUCCAUUGUUCGUAUUUUAAUCCAGUAUUUAGAUAAGUCUUACACGGAAAGUAUCCGAUAAUGACAGACUCGACCGUGUGCAAAGACUCCAAUUGCUUAGGGAACUGAUAGCCUAAGAAGUCAUUUCCAAACAACGUAAGAUUUGAUUAUAAAAAAUCAAAGAUAUGUCCUUUGUCCGUAUCUUAAUCCAGUAUUUAAAUGCAACUUACACGGAAGGCAGAGGUCCUGUGCGGAAGGUUCAAAAGCUUAGGGUUAUGAUAGCUUUAGAAGGAUGUCUCAUUGUAACUCAAGAAGUGGUUGUAGCAAUGCAAAAUUAAAGUCUUCAGUUCCUCCACUCAUUCAGUAUCUAGCAAUACAUGCAUGAUCUACUCUACAUGAAAUUUAAUGUUGUUACUUGUUUGAAAAUGCCCAAAGCUUCAAUACCCUCAAGGUUCUGAUGGCUUCAGAAUGAUUCUUAAAGCGAUGAAUGAAGUUUUUUCCCCAGAUAAAUGUCUCUAUAAAAAAUCUGCUCGUCGUCAUCCUAGUUAUUUAUGCCAUGGCUUUUUUUUUUUGCUUUUAAAUCAACACCAACGUACAGACCACACCAUAAACUCCUUCAAACCAAACUUUGUCCCUGUUUCUGCUGUUUUGCCUUUAUAGGAAAAUAUACAAUGUUCUAAUGAUAAUUAAUGAUAAUAAUUCAAGUUAUGAAGUACUUGUAUCCACUCGACAGAGGGCCCAAUCUGCUCAUUGUCUCAUGUUUCCUAGGCUGCAGUGAUGCCAACUGCUAGGGAAUAUUUAUCAGAUAAGAAAUUACAAUGUGAAUAAGCAAACAGCUGAACCAAAUGUUUUCUAACAAAACAAAACAUGUGAACAAAAGCUUUUCGCUCAGUCAUUCAAUCGGGAAGUCAACACUGAAUUUACAUUAGAACACAUCUCAUCAAUAUUCCGUAAGGGUUGGCCACUCUGUGGCUGUAGCCGGCCACAAUCCUGGCGCACAAACGUUUCAAUGAGUGCAUAUUCCUACAAAGUAUACAUUUACUUGUGGAUGUUGCAUAAAGCUGUUUGUAAGUUAAGCAGGGAAUAAUUAUUCUGGUAUCUCAUCGCAAUUUGCUCCACAUUUUUGAAAGACUACUACGCAUAAAGUCUUUUGUAUAGCAUACUUUUACAUAGGACUGUACAUUACUGAGUUGAGAGCUUUUUCUCUUAUGACCAAAAAUGCUAUUCAAAUUUGUAAAGCAAAAUUAUUCCCUGUUAAGAAUGACUUCACUCAUGACUGGCAGGCAAUUUUUUUUCUUCUAAUUUUCAGGGGCCACUUUUCGCAAACCACUGGCUGGAUCUGCUACAUUAGAGAAGCUUUAAUAUUUUUAUUUCCAAGUUUUCUUUUGAGCAUUUUGAAGGCAAAGUCGCCCUGAGCUUCCUUGUAUUUUUUUUAUGAUGACAGGUGACCCCCCUUUUUUUUGGAAGCUAAAUCAACACCAGUGAAAAUAUUGGAUGUAUCCUACACCACAGGAAAGUGUCACGAGUCGUGCCUAGAAUUGUGCUUAACUUGCAAACAGCCGGAAUGUUCUCUGGCUUUACUGCAGCUCAAAUUUGAAAGUUUCAAAAUGUAAUUGAUUAAAAUCUAGACGUAACCUUCCUCUUAAUAAUAGCUUGCAUCAAAGUGUAUGCAUGGGACCAUUCAGAUAUCAGUGUUUGAAGUUUCCACUUGGAAUGUUAUCCCAGGGCCCCAUCUUACAAAGAGUUACGAUUGAUCCAAUUAAUCGUAACUCUAUGGAAAUCCAUCAGUGUCAUAAUUUUUUCUACCGGAAAUUUGUGAAAUGUCCUUUGUAAACAAACAAGAACACACCAAAUUGUCAAGAAAUCAAUGAAUUUAUGGAUAUAAAUUCGUAUCUAGAACAAAUUAUGAACAAACAUGCAUUUUAUAUGUGGACUUUGCUGGCCGUCCAUAGUUGCGAUUGAUCGGAUCAAUCGUAACUCUUUGUAAGACAGGCCCCAGAUCUUUACACAGUAUACACCUUCAAGUCCGACUGAUAAAUGUUGGCGAAAUGAAAUCCUGUAUGUAAUCAUUUUUUUUUAUGCCUUGUAUUUAUUCUAUAUCUGAUUUUUUAUUUCACUAUUCAUUUACAAUUCACCAAAGUUGCUAUUCAUAUCAGCGCCCCGUCUUAUAAAGAGUUACGAUUGAUCUGAUCAUCUUAAAUUAUAUGGAAAUCCAGCAUUUUAAACAGGACAUUUGCAUGAUGUCCUUUGUAAACAAAGAGAAGCACACUUAAUUUUCAAGAAAACAAUGUAUGCAUGAUCAUACACCACAUCCAGAAAAUAUUUUGAACAAACUGCAUUUUAGAUGUUGACGUUGCUGGCUUUCCAUAGUUGUGGUCACUGGCGUAAAUCCUUGCGUCACACCUACUGUUCAGGGGGAGAUGAUUUAUUGUUCCAUCCCCCCCCCACACUUGAAUAGCAUGACGUCACGGAUUUACGCCCGUGGUUGUGGUUGAUCAGAUCGAACGUAACUCUUUGUUAGACGGGGCCCUGCUCUCACUGGUAAAUACCGAGGGCAUUUUCUCGCAAUCAAUUCAAACUUUGCAGUACAUUAUACACCUUUAUGCAAUAACAAUUGUAAUAUAGCUCGACGUGUGUUUUGACAAAUGUAUUAGGCAGCUUCAUGUACACUUACAAUCAUGUCCGUUUAAAUUCAUUUGACGUGAUUCCUCUUUUUUUGUGUGUGUUUAGUCCUGUAAAAACAUCUCCCCACAUCUCACUGCUUUACUCACUAAAUUGAAUGCAUGAAGCAUGUAAUGAAUUUCAUGAGAAAUUUGCACUCAGCCAUACACAUUCAUAUUUCAUUAAUUCACUUGAAUAGUAACCAAUGCACUCGAAGGAUUUACCAUUAAUCAAGAUCGGUUUUACGACUUUGUGUACACUUUUUUAGAGUCUUGAAAUGCAUUUUUUUAAAUGAAUGAGGCGUCAAUAUUCCCAUAUUUUACAAAAUAAUAACUAUACAUAGUGAAAAUUAGACCAUAUGUGCAGUAGCCCUAAUAACAGACAAUCUGAUAGUAGGCAAAGUGGAUAUAAAACUAGAUAUGAUCCUUCAGCAUAAUAAUGACAUGAAUUAUGAUAGAUCCUUAUGAAAUUAUUGGCUGAAAUCUAUCAUGUGAGCUGUCAAAUAUUUUAGCCAAUAUUCAAUUCAAUUCAUUUAUUUUCUCUUUCAAUCUUUUUACAUUUACAAUGAUAGUUCAAUAUACAUAUUUACAAAAUAUAACAUUUAAAUCAUUUUUUAUAAUACAAUAAUACCAUGAAAUCGAAAGGGAAGGAGACCAACUAAAAAGCAGAGCUUGUAGGGUGAAGGCCCCCUUUUAUAAGUAAAUUUUAUGAAUAAAAAAUAAGAUAAAAUAAAGAAAUAAACAAUAUGUAAAA